AUGCAUGGAGAAGGGUGUAAUAAAACCAAUUGGGAUGUUAUACAGCAUCUGAACUUGACCAGAAACAAAGACAAGUUUGCAAUGACCCGGCCAGCCAAAAAUGGCCGAACAGCCACAGAAGUAACACUGGCUUUACUACUCUAUGCCAUUCUGGAUGUGCAAGAAAAGGAACAGAAGUUUAUUUCUUAUGUUUGGGUUGACUUGUUGUGGAAAAAUGAUCUAAUUCACUGGGAACCUAGUGAAUUCUGCGGUAUCAAAACAUUGUUUAUUCCAGCACAACUAUUGUGGCUGCCUGAUAUUACUAUUGAAGAGAGGACAGAAAAAGAUAAGUCCACUGAUAGUCUUUAUAUCGGUGUUGGAUAUAAUGGGGAUGUCCUACUUAGGAACGACAUGGUACUGGUCACCACCUGCAAGAUGCAAAUUUACAAAUUUCCCUUUGACAUUCAAAGCUGCAACCUCUCCUUCAAGUCUGUCAUACACAGAGAGGAACAAAUUGUGCUUGUGGAAUAUGGUGACCAAAACAGCACCACAGAAUGGUCACAAGAUAUAAUGAGGACCCAAUCCGACUGGCUUUUCAUCAACAUUCAAUCCACCAACAGAUCUGUCAUCAAUUUCGAAAUCCCCCAAAGCAUGGUGGUUUACACUGUCAACAUGAAGAGGCGAUCUAUACUCUACGUUGUCAACUUCAUCCUGCCUGUUCUUCUGUUCUUGUGUCUGGAUUUGGCCUCCUUCAUGAUCUCAGACAGUGGGGGUGAGAAGCUCAGCUUCAAGGUCACUGUGCUGCUUGCUGUCACAGUGAUGCAGCUUCUUCUGAAUGAAAUUCUGCCGUCCUCUUCAAACAGGAUUCCACUUAUUGCGACUUACUGUACUGGGAUCUUUGGUUUCAUGAUGCUAAGCCUCCUGGAGACAAUUUUGGUGAUGUACCUCAUGGAGAAAGACUCUGCAUCCCAAGACAACAAUGCAGGUAAAGACUGUUUGAGGACUUUUGACAUGAAUACAUUUCUUCACUGUGAUGUUUCUCGUGAAACGCCAUCAGAACUGCUUCUCAUGGCAAACAGGUCCCAGAGAGAAACACUGACUAUUGGGAAACAGGAGGUAUGCACUAUCUCUGGAAGAAUUUCUUCUUCUUCUUGCAUCCUGGUUGGGUACAUGGAAUGUGAAUGGGCCAUGCUCAAAGCCUCCAUUGUGGAAGAUGCUUCUAGAGGUUGA